GCAAAGGACAGUCAUUCUCUCAACCUACAGGCAGAGCAAACCCUGGGCCCUCACUCCACACCAGGAUUCCUGACAGGACCCAGAGCAUCAUUUCUUGGGACAAUGACCAUGUUUGAAAAUGUCACCAGGGCCUUGGCCAGACAGCUAAACCCUCGAGGGGACCUAACACCCCUGGACAGCCUCAUUGAUUUCAAGCGCUUCCACCCCUUCUGCCUGGUGCUGAGGAAAAGAAAGAGCACUCUGUUCUGGGGGGCCCGCUACGUCCACACCGACUACACCCUCCUGGAUGUGCUUGAGCCGGGCAACUCACCCUCAGAUCCAACAGACUCUGGGAACUUUGGCUUUAAGAAUAUGCUGGACGCCCGAGUAGAGGGAGAGGUGGAUGUGCCAAAGACAGUGAAGGUGAGGGGGACCGCAGGGCUCUCCCGAAACAGCACGCUGGAGGUCCAGACACUCAGUGUGGCUCCCAAGGUCCUGGAGUCCUUGCACGAGGAGAGGAAGCUGGCAGCAGAUCACCCGUUCCUGAAGGAGAUGCGAGAUCGAGAUGAGAACCUGUACGUGGUAAUGGAGGUGGUGGAGACAGUGCAGGAGGUCACUCUGGAGAGAGCUGGCAAGGCAGAGGGCUGCUUCUCCCUCCCAUUCUUUGCCCCACUGGGGCUACAGGGAUCUGUAAACCACAAGGAGGCUGUAACCAUACCCAAGGGCUGUGUCCUGGCCUUUCGAGUGAGACAGCUGAUGGUCAAUGGCAAAGAUGAAUGGGAUAUUCCCCACAUCUACAACGACAGCAUGCAAACCUUCCCUCCAGGAGAAAAGCCAGGAGAGGGGAAAUGCGCACUUAUCCAGGCAUCUGAUGUUGGGGAGGUACAUGAGGAUUUCAGGACACUAAAAGAAGAGGUUCAAAGAGAGACCCAAGAAGUGGAGAAGCUGAGUCGAGUGGGGCAAAGGUCCCUGCUCAGCUCCCUUAGCAAACUUCUAGGGAAGAAAAAAGAACUCCAAGACCUUGAGCUCGCACUUGAAGGGGCUCUAGAUAAGGGACAUAAAGUAACCCUGGAGGCACUCCCAAAAGAUGUCCUACUAUCAAAGGAGGCUACAGGUGCUGUCCUCUAUUUCCUUGGAGCCCUAACCGUGUUGAGUGAAGCCCAACAGAAGCUUUUGGUAAAAUCUAUGGAGAAAAAGAUCUUGCCAGUGCAACUAAAACUGGUGGAGAGCACGAUGGAACAGAAUUUCCUUCAGGAUAAAGAAGGCAUUUUCCCCCUGCAACCUGAGCUGCUCUCCUCCCUUGGGGAAGAGGAACUGACCCUCACGGAAGCUCUGGUGGGGCUGAGUGGCCUGGAAGUGCAGCGAUCAGGCCCCCAGUACACGUGGGACCCAGACACCCUCCCCCACCUCUGUGCCCUUUACGCUGGCCUCUCCCUCCUUCACCUGCUGACCAAGGCUUCCUAAUGAGACUUCUGUCUACUCCCUGCAUCCCUAAUGCCUGCCCAGCCUCACAGUGCUGUGUCCUUAAUACCCAAGGGCAUUUCAGAGCUACCAGGUCAAGGAUGACUGAAAUCCUAGCUGAUCACCCAUGAUAACCAAUUUCCACCUGCCCCACUUUGUAUCUCCCCAUGCCCUCUCCUUCCACAACCCACUAAGCUGGUCUGCCAAUACUUAAAUCCUGUGGAAACACAAGCACUCAACCUUUAAACUGUGAGCCAUUUCAGCACAACUGAAAAAAAAAAAAGAGACAGAUUAAUUCCCUAUUCUAAUCUCUCCUACUGUGCUUAUUAAAAAAAGAAAAAAGGAAAAAACAAAAACAAAACCAAGC